AUGGCCUCUAUGAACCUCACAACUGUUACAGAGUUCAUUUUGGUGGGUCUCCCCAGUGAGCGUAAGACACAGAUCCUGGUCUUUGUGGUCAUCCUUCUCAUCUACUUGCUUACCAUUAUGGGCAACCUGGUGAUUAUCCUGCUUGUGUGGACUGACUCCUCCCUCCAUACACCCAUGUACUCCUUUUUAAGUCAGCUAUCCACUUUAGAGAUCUGUUACGUCACCAGCACUUUGCCCCAGAUGUUGGCUCACCUCAUGGCUGGCAAUGGAACCAUCUCCUUCACCCAUUGUGUCAUUCAGAUGUAUAUUGCAUCAUGUCUUGGUGGCACUGAAUGUCUUCUCCUAGCUGCCAUGGCUUAUGACCGCUAUUUGGCCAUCUGUCAACCCUUGCUGUACAGUAUUGCUAUGGGCAAAUGGCGCCAGUUUCAACUCACCUUUAUCAGCUGGGCAAGUGCAUUCUUUCUUGGUUCAGUAAAUCUGGGCUAUGCUCUCAGUCUUCCAUUUUGUGGUCCUAAUCACAUCAACCACUUCUUCUGUGAGUUGCCAGUUGUUUUGAAACUCUCCUGUGCUGAUCCUCAUGUCACAGACAACACAAUUUUUUUGGCAUCUGCACUGCUCCUACCAAUUCCCAUUUCGGUUAUCCUGAUAUCUUAUGGGCUCAUUCUUCACUCUGUGUUACAAAUGCAGUCAACCUCUAGAUGGCAGAAGGCCUUCUCCACAUGUGCUUCCCACCUCAUUGUUGUUACUAUGUUCUAUGGAACUGUUGUCUCUAUGUACAUGAUCCCUAGGUCUGGCUCAACUUCUGAUUUUGACAAACAAAUUGCUGUAUUUUACAUUGUGAUUACUCUCUUGCUCAACCCUAUCAUUUACACCUUGAGAAACAAAGAUGUUCAUGCAGCAGCAGCCAAGAUGCUGGGAAGAUACUGCUUUGACCAAAAGAAGUUGAAUAAUGCACAAAAUAAGUGA